CUCCAUUUCAUUAAAAAAGCACUUUUUUAAAAGUUGCAAACACACCCUUAAUAAUGUUAUCAUGUUUUGCUAUUCUAAGUUACUGUUAUUAUUGAAUAAAUGUCUUUAUGAGCAACCCAUACUUCCCAUAUCUUCAAUCACAAGUAUAUUAAGUUUUUCUUUUGACCAUUCUUUUCUCACCACGUCCUUGUGUCAGGAAAACAAUCUUUGCGGAGGGAUAGUGGUGGAACCAGUAUACUUCAACUGUUAAACAUCUCUUGCUUCUGGAUAGAUGUCUGCGACAGAGGGCUCCUGGUACUUGGAAAGUAUAGGAUGCUAAAAAAGACAUUGAUAGAACCGUGUUUUGAGAACCGCGUGAACAGAAAAUGAGAAGAAUAGAAAGAGGUCCCUGGAAAUCAUAGACGAAGCUUUUCGCCUUUACUUAGCCACACUUAUUGGUACUUCUUCAUUUCUCAGUGAUGGGUAAAGAGGGUGCCUAGAUUUGUUAUGUAAGGGAAGGUGGAGCCUCAAAGGUGCCUUCCCCGUUAGAGGAAUUUAGAACUGGUUUAGAGAAGGUUGUCCAUAAAGUUUAGAUUAUACUGGAACUAUCCAUGUUUGGGAUUAACAUUAGAAGACACAUAGUUUGAUUUACUAUAAAUAUAAAUACAUAAAAUCAAGUUCCUAUGAAGGUAUACAUAUAGAUUCAAGACAGAGUAAUUUAUUGUUAUACUCACAGCAUCAUAGAAGGGCCUACACACCAUAGAUACACGGAGUACCCACAGACCUAUACACACAUGUGAUUUGACCAGAAAGUGGUCAUACUUUUACUACUACGAAUUUCCUGUUUUCUCAUUUAGAAAAGACUUGACUUGGUACUGGGCUCCUAUUGUAUUUAUGGAAGUGGAAAAUAUGUAUACACACAAUACUAAGCAUGGGUAGAUUAUUGUUAUCUUCCUCCACUGAUAUUGCAAUUGCAGUGAGGGUGAGUUGCUUCCUGGUGAUGAGUGUGGCUGCUGCUGCAAUAUCAACAUCCACUGCCAGUAAAUGCAUUGAUGGGGAGAGAGAAGUACUCCUCACGUUUAAGCACAACAUUCGUGACGAGAAUGGCGAUCUAUGCUCUUGGGGCAACCACAAUGAUUGCUGCAAUUGGGAUGGAGUUGGGUGUGAUAACGUUACUGGUCAUGUCAUCAAGAUUGAUCUUCAUGGUAUGUAUCUGUCCGCGAAUGUUAUAUAUACCAGCAUUCCAUUCAUUGAUCUUCCCUAUUUGAAGUAUUUGGAUCUUAGUGAAAUCAGCAACUUGCUAGCAAACCAGAGCAUCUCAUCAUUGAUUGGGAACAAAAACAAUAACAACGGUAGUAUUAUGGCUUCCCUUCAACAUCUCAGUCUUCGUCAAACAGGAAUUGUUGGCAUCAUUCCUGAAAAUCUUGGAAGCAACAUGCCUGCCCUUACACAUCUUGAUCUCAAUGGUAACAGGUUAGAAGGUCAUAUUCCUGAAGGUCUAGGCAAUAUGGCCCCCCUUGCAUAUCUUUCCAUUGGAGGAAACUUGUUAGGAGGUCAAAUCGCAAAGAGUUUCGGGGAAAACAUGACUGCCCUUACACACCUUGAUCUCAGCGAUAAUAGCUUAGAAGGCUCCAUUCCUGAAACAUUUGGAAAUAUGGUUAAGUUGACUUCCCUUUACCUGCAAGGGAAUCAGUUGGAAGGUCACAUUCCUGAAGCUCUAGGGAAUAUGUCUGCCCUUGAAGAACUUGAUCUUGGCAUGAAUAGACUCGAAGGAGAAAUCCCAAAAUCCAUUUGGAACAUAUGUACUCUGCGACACCUGAGCAUGGAAUCCAACCGUCUUAAUGGAACCUUAAUCAUAUUGACAUUCUGCCCAAAUCACUCUUUGGAGCAGUUAUAUUUAGGCAGCAACCGUAUCACAGGGUCAUUUCCUGAUCUUACCAAGUUCCCGUCUUUGGCCAAAUUAUCUAUUGGAGGUAACCUCCUUGAUGGGGUCAUUUCUGAACAUCACUUUGUUAAUCUCUCAAAACUAUACCACCUGGAUUUAUCUUCAAACAAUUUCACUUUCAAUGUCUCCUCUUCCUGGCUUCCUCCUUUCCGAUUGAAAAGGAUCGCCCUUAGGUCUUGCAAGUUAGGCCCUGAGUUUCCAAAUUGGCUUAGAACUCAAGUCAAUUAUAGUUGGCUUGACAUUUCCAAUAGCGAGAUCUCAGAUUCAAUUCCCUCCUGGUUUUUUAAUACAAGUAUUCAGUUUUCUGGUAUUAAUGUUUCUCAUAACGAAAUCAAGGGAAAUCUUGGAAAUGAUGUCCAAGUAUCAUCCGGGUUUCGAAUUGGCAGUGGUAUACUAGAUAUGAGUUUCAAUAAAUUAGAAGGUGUGAUUCCACCAUAUUUUUUCAACGCGGGACAACUGUACAUUUCUCGGAAUAAGUUCACUGACCUCAACUCCCUGUGUAACAUUAAUGCAGCCGCUGGUUUGCAGGUUUUGGAUGUCUCAUUCAAUCACCUUUCAGGAACACUUCUUGAUUGUUGGUCUAGUCUAAAAAAUCUUGCACUUCUCAACUUGGCCCACAAUCACAAUCUAUCAGGAUGUCUUCCAACUUCCAUUGGAUCUUUGGCUUCCCUUAUGGCAUUGCAUCUUGACCAUAACAAUUUUACAGGCACUCUACCCUCAUCCAUGAAAAACUGCUCUCAGUUGGUAGCUUUACAUCUGGGACACAAUAACUUGUUUGGACGAAUACCAGAUUGGAUAGGUGAAAGCCUAACACAACUUUCAAUAUUAGUGCUAAGAUCCAACCACUUCAAUGGAAGUCUACCCACAAGUCUGUGUCAUCUCCAAUCUCUUCAACUGUUGGACCUGUCCAUGAACCACAUCUCAGCGAGUCUUCCCAACUGUCUUUCCAAUCUCACUGGAAUGACUGUAAUAGGAGGCAGUAGUGCCACCAUUUAUUAUGUGGUACCAGACAUUUUUUAUACUUCAAACUCUUCAAUGUUAGUAGACAUUAGCCAUUCUGACAAAAUAGAUGUUGUAUGGAAAGGUAUGGUCUCUGAGUUUGGAAGUACGUUAGGACUCGUAAAGAGCAUUGAUCUAUCAUCCAACAUGUUGCAUGGUGAUAUACCAACUGAAAUCACAUCGCUUGUUGGGUUGGUUUCUUUGAACUUAUCACGAAACAAUCUAAGGGGACAGAUUCCUUCAAGGAUUGGUAACUUGGCGAGCUUAAAUACUCUUGAUUUGUCUUAUAACCAUUUGUCUGGUAGCAUCCCUCAAAGCCUUGCCCUGAUUGAUGACAUAGGUGUUCUCAAUGUGUCCAAAAAUAACUUAUCUGGCAAAAUUCCCAAAGGCACUCAACUUCAGAGCUUUGAUGCAAGUGCAUACAUGGGGAAUCUCGGGCUAUGUGGAGAUCCACUCCCUAACAGUUGUCGUGUAGAAGAACCAACUCAUCCUUCUCCACCAGGAUUCAAUGAAGAAGAAGGGGCUUUUAAUGGAGAAGACAUGGAUAAGCUUAUUGGCAGUGAGUUUUAUGCAAGCAUAGGCGUUGGAUACGCGGUUGGAUUUUUGGGAGUUAUUGGGACAAUGCUAUUAAUCAAGUCCUGUAGGUUUGCAAUUUUCGAAGUCCUUAAUGAUUAUUCUAAUUGAACUUAUGUGGCGGCGGCAAUGCACCUGACAAAGUUUCGCAGAACACUUGUUGGUUAACAAGCCAGUGUACUUACCCAAUAUCUUAUAUGCCACUUUUUAUGGGAUUUUAUUCACAAAUAACGUUCAGUUCAUAUUAGAAAGCUGAGAAGGGUAUCAUUUUCAGGCCAUUUCAAUAUUUAUGGUUCAUUCUCACAAAUUCUAGCCGCAGAUUUUUUAUGUGCUCUCUCUAUGUUAGUUUCCCAUGUUUCUGUUGUUUUUAUCGUGAUCAGUGAUGUAAUUGUUCCGGCUUUGGUACUGAUCGCCGUUAGCUCACUGGAGUCAGUUCUAAGUAAUCGAUUGUGUUUAAA